UAUAAUGUUCUUAUGUUUCUGUUGAUAAACAAAACUAAAAUAAAUUAUAAUUAUAGUAAUAAUUAUUCAUCGUCUCAGUUGUGAUUAAAAUGUAUUUCACCAGUUCAUAAGUAUUUAUUAAUUGCUUCAAAAUUAUUGUGCGCGAUGUACCAUUUUCAAAAUCACCCAUAUUUUCAAGAUCAUGCAUACCACAAUAACCAAGCUCAACAUUGCCCAAGUUUCCAGGAAGAUAAACCUCAAAAUUGUUCAUCUUCCAUACACAAUAAUGUAUAUACAGUUUUGGAGAAUGUACCUACUUCGCAAGAUUGUGACAAUAAAAUGAAAACUCUGGAAAUGACUAAAGAGAAACCAAAUAAACUGAGCCCCAAGAAAUCGGCAGUGGAUACUUCUAAUUUUACUGUAGAAGAACGGUUAGUUGCGGCCGUUUGGGUACAUGAGAGGAAACGUUCGAAAACUACCUUGGGACAUAUAAAAAAGGAGUUCCGUCAGAGGUUUGGCCGUGAACCACCAGCAAAGAACACACUGCUGGCAUGGGAACGCAAGCUGUUUUCAUUGGGUAGUGUGCAUGAUGCACCCAGACCUGGCCGCCCUAUAAAUCGUCGAAUUAAAGUUGAGGAGGUGGCAGCGUCAAUACGAUCGGCGCCGUCGCUGUCGCUGCGGGAGCGCGCAGUGGCGCUGAGACUGUCUCGUACCACACUGCACACCAUCCUUCACAAGGACUUACAGCAUCUCCCCAGGAGUAAAGAGGAUCCAGUCAAAUCUAAGGGCACAGGAAAACAAAUAAAAAAGAGAAGACCAAGAGCAGAAAACAUGAAAAAGCAAACUGCUACGGUGCAGUAUGAAAACGCGCCAUUUUUACAAUCGGCUGUGAUCUGUGGAGCGCCAUCAACGCACCUGCUCACCGCCCACGGAUUCUCAUAAAUAUUAGGAAUUUAGUAGAGAUGAAACGGAUAGCAUUUAGCCGGAUAUCGGAUAUUCGGCCAACUAUGUGACCUAAUAGCCGAAUAUCCGGCCGCUGGAUAUCCGGCGGAACUUAGCAAACUAAUUAAUUCAUUUUCUUUCUAU